GUUUUGAAAAGUUGGCAUCAUCCUAAAACGGUAUAAGUUUUCUCCAGUCAAGAAUGUCUGCUUCAAUACUCUUCUGUCUCUCUCUUCUACUAGACUACAAUUACAGAGCAUAGCAAAGCAGCAGGUAGCUUGCACUCUCUUCUUCUUCUUCUUCUUCUUUCAUAUCAGAGAGAAGAGCUUCAGCAUGGGAGAAGCUCCAGAAAUACAGCUCCAUAUCAGAGAGGAAGCGCGUCCAACAUCAUCAUCCUCACAGGAGGCAGCUUUCGCUCAACCCCAAUCUUCUUCCAAGCUCACAAAUUGGCAAUGGUGGUUCCUCCUCUUCUUCUACAGCUUCUUAAUCCUUGCUGGCCAUACUUCCGGCAACCUCCUCGGCCGCUUCUACUACAACCAGGGCGGAAAGAGCGUGUGGAUGGCCACCAUCACCCCCUCCGCCGGUUUUCCCCUCAUUAUCCCCCUUCUCCUCCUCCUUCCUCCGUCGUCCACCGCCGCCGUGCACCGCCCCUCCAUCGUCAAACUCGCCGCAAUUUACAUCAGUCUAGGCCUCCUUACCACCGGAAACAAUCUAAUGUACGCUUAUGGCCUCCUCUACCUCCCUGUCUCCACCUACUCCCUCGUCUGCGCCACACAACUUGCCUUCAAUGCCGUCUUCUCCUAUUUCCUCAACUCCCAAAAGUUCACUCCUUUCAUCUUCAACUCCAUCAUUCUCCUCACCACCGCCGCCGCUCUCCUCGGCGUUCACUCUGAAGGCGGCUCGGUUUCCGGCCAUAAGUAUUCAAUUGGACUAGCUCUAACACUGGCGGCAUCUGCUGGUUUCUCCCUUGUUCUCUCCCUCACCCAGUUGGCUUACCAGAAGGUUAUAAAGUCCGAGACCUUCACCGUUGUCCUGGAAAUGAUUUUGUGGACCGGAUUAGUCUCUACAGCUUCGUCGGUGGCCGGACUUUUCGCAAGCGGGGAGUGGAGGGGGAUUCGUGAGGAGUUUGCAGGGUCGGAGAAGGGAAAGGUUACGUAUGUGAUGACAUUGAUUUGGAUUGCGAUUUGCUGGUUGGUGUACUCUGUGGGGAAUGUGGGUUUGAUCUUUCAGGUUUCUUCUCUAUUUGCGAAUGUGAUUGGAACCCUGGCUACUCCUCUGGUACCAAUCCUUGCGGUGGUUUUCUUCCAUGAUAGGAUGGAUGGAGUAAAGGUCGUGGCUUUAUUGAUUUCAAUUUUAGGAUUUGUUAAUUAUGUUUAUCAACAUUAUCUUGAUGAUGCAGAGGAGAAGAAGGCUACGAGAAUUGAACAUCCUUAACAAUCUAUGAAAACCAUAUUUUUUUUCUUAAUUUUGUGUAUUUGUUAGUUUAGUUGACUCAAAUUAUUAAUAUUAGCUUUAUUUUGUUUUUUGUUUUUUUUUUUUUGGUUAUAUGCCAAAGAUUUCUUAUUUUUUAGCUGAUGUAUUGGCCAACAUAUCAUGGUGCAUGACAACGAGAAUCCAUUGAUGAAUACUUUUAAUUAGUUUGGUUAGUGAAA